UGGACGCAAGUGCCAGCAAGCACCGUGCCCAGGCUGGACCUGCGGGUCACCGGGGAGCGCUAGACGGCCGCGGGGAAGGUGACCGUACGCCUGGUCGCUGGGCUUGGAGGUAUCCCGGGCCGGAGCCGGGGCCGGGGCCGGGCGGGACUGCAAAGAGCCAUGGCCAAGCAGGCUCCGUUACCUCUGACUUUUGAGGAUGUUGCCAUUUAUUUCUCGGAGCAAGAAUGGUGGAACCUAGAGGCAUGGCAGAAGGAGCUUUACAAGCAAGUCAUGAGAACCAAUUAUGAGAUUCUUGUUUCUCUAGGUGAAGGACUUCCCAAGCCAGAACUAAUAUCCUGGAUUGAACAGGGGAGAGAGCCCUUCAGGAAUUGGGGAGAAUCACAGAAAUCAGGAAAUACAAGUUACUCCUCUACUGAUGUGUAUUUUGAUCCAGUUAUUGAGGGACAACUGCUUUGGGGAAGCCAGCAAGCUGUGAAUUCAGGAGCAGCUCAUUGCCACUUCCAAACAGAUCCUCUCCAGAGCCAAUGUUCCUCUGAACCCUUAUUAGGAAAAAGUGAAGAUGUUUCCUUCAGGCUCAACCAAGUCGUCAUCCUCCUGAACCCACACAGGCAUGAUACAUGGUCUCUAGUUCCAGCCGUCCACAGCUCCAGGAAACCCUCCCAAAGAGAAAGACUCCCAAGUCCCGGGACCCGGGGCCUCUCAGGUUUCCAGGAAAUCUCCUCCGGGGGAGGCGUCCAACACCCUUGCCCUGUCUGUGGGGAAAGCUUUUGGCAGCAGAGCCUUUUAGAGCUACAUCAAGCAAGCCACUCAAAGGACCAGCCACACAAGGCUCAGAAGCAAUUCAGCAAACCAGCUGAUGUACAGCAGGCGCGGAGCAUUCCUCAGAGUCAGAGGCACUUCCGCUGUCCGGAGUGUGGGCGGGGCUUCCGCCGGAAGACGUGUUUGCGGAGCCAUCAGGCGGUCCACGCGAGGGAGAGCCCGCUACAGGGUAGCGAAGGUAAGAUGUGCAGUCACCAUCUCCGCGCGGCGGAGAGACCUUCCCUAUGCCCCGGCCCUGACGAGAGCGUUCCCGGGAUUCCGCCCGACAUUGAGAGGCCAGACUCCCGAAGAGAGAACGUCAGGGCUUCCGAGAAGGCCAAGCUUCCUCGCGCGCGUUCGGGUGAGAAGGCGGGCCUGAGCCGGAUUGGCGAGGAGUGCGGCCUUGGGGCGGGAGGCCCGGAGGCUCUGGAGCUCGGCCCUGGCCUCGGCGGGGAGAAGCUGUCUGCCUGCAGCACGUGUGGCCGGCGCUCCUCCCGGCAGUGCGGGCUUGCAGACCACGCCCGUGUGCACGGCGCGGAGCGGCCUUUCCGACCUGCCGAGUGCGGCCGUGCCUUCUGCCAGCGCGGGCAGCUGCGCCGCCGGCGGCUGCACUCGGAAGGGCAGCCCUUCGCUUGCCCCGAGUGCGGCCUGGCAUUCCAACUGAGGACCCUGCUGCGGGCCCAUAGGCUUCGGCACGGUGGCGAGAGGCCGCUCUCCUGUGGCGAGUGCGGCCGUGGCUUCGCCCACCCGUGCAAGCUGCGCGAACAUCUGCGGGUGCAUAGCGGCGAGCGGCCUUUCGGCUGCCCCGAGUGCGGCAAGAGCUUUCGCCUAAAGGGCAUUCUGAAGGCUCAUGAGCGCACACACAGUCGUGAAAGGCCCUUCCGGUGCGGGCAGUGCGGCAAGGGCUUCACGCGGCCGUCCAAGUUGGCAGAACACCUCCGCGUGCACAGCGGUGAGCGGCCCUUCGGCUGUCCUGACUGCGGCCGCCGCUUCCGCCUUAAGGGACAGCUGCGGAGCCAUCAGCGGCUGCACACGGGCGAAAGGCCCUUUCCAUGCCCUGACUGUGGCAAGAGCUACCGCGUCAAGGCCGACAUGAAGGCACACCGGCUGCUGCACGGCGGCCGGAUGCCCUUCUCCUGUGAUUGCGGCAAAGGCUUCGCCAAGCAGUCCAAGCUCGUGGAGCACAUCCGGACGCACACGGGCGAGAAACCCUUUCAGUGUCCACAAUGCGACAAGAGCUUCCGCUUGAAAGCACAGCUGCUCAGCCACCAGGGCCUGCACACGGGAGAGAGACCUUUUCACUGCCCUGAGUGCAAUAAAAACUUUCGGGAAAGGGGCCACAUGCUUCGGCACCAGCGCAUCCACAGGCCUGAGAGGCCGUUCGCUUGUGCAGACUGUGGCAAGGGCUUCAUUUAUAAGUCGAAACUCGCCGAACACAUCAGGGUGCACACAAAAUCUUGUCAUGUUCCCAGUGAGCCUGACGUUAAGAAGAGGCUCAGCCAGCUGUUUGCAAUGAUCGAGGCUGACUGGAGUUGAGGCCGAGUAGGGCACCCAAUGUGUUGACAUUGCCUGGGCAUCCACAGCAACCGUGGCCAACCCCAAAAUCUGGUAGACAGAUUGUAGGAACAGGCCCCCCCCCCUUUUUUUUUUGU